GAUGGACACAUGGACAGUUGGACCCGGUCCUGGUGCCUAUAUGACCGUUAAUUCCUGCCCUACUCUUCCUCCAACCGACGAAUCUCCCGCCGACGCCCCACACCCAUCUUCUGCGAUUAAGUCACAGAAGAGAACCAAUCAUCGUUUCAUUACAACGGGCCUUCGUCCUCACACCCCAAAACCGUAGAGAUCGAGAAGUAUGAAUCGGUACCAGAAGGUGGAGAAGCCAAGGGAGGAGACUCCGAUGGACGAAAAUGAGAUCCGAAUCACCACGCAGGGGAGGCUGAGGAACUACAUCACCUACGCAGAUAGCCUUCUUCAGGAGAAAGGGGCCAGCGAAAUAUUACUUAAGGCAAUGGGUAGAGCAAUUAAUAAAUCAGUAAUCGUGGCUGAAUUGAUAAAGAGAAGAGUUGCAGGUCUCCAUCAGAAUACUUCAAUUGGUUCUGUUGAUAUCACAGAUACAUAUGAGCCUCUGGAAGAAGGCCUCCUUCCCCAAGAGAGAAUUCGUCAUGUAUCAGUGAUAACAGUCACCCUUUCUAAGAAGGACUUGGACUGCUCUUCCCCAGGAUACCAGCCACCUAUUCCAGCUGAUCAAGUCAAUCCAGUGGCCACUUAUGAUUAUGAAAGGAGGAACACGAACAAUGGAGUACUAAGAAAUGAUGAAGACAAUGGAUGGGAAGGAGAGCGCGGUGUUGCUGGAAGGGGCAGAGGACGAGGUCGAGGGCGUGGUCGUGGAAGAGGACGUGGGAGAGGCUAUGUUAUUUGGAAUGAUAGCUAUGGUGCACCGGGAACAGUACCUACUCAAGGCCGUGGCGGCGGCGGCAGGGGCCGACGGAGUGGCAGAGGGGUCGCCCGUGGAGUGUUCAAGCCAAAUGUUACAAUUCAGGCAGCAGCAGCCUAAGAUUUCAAACACUGAACUGUAGAUCUUAGUUCUCACCCAAAGCUCUUUUAAUUCCUUUGCAUAUUAUUUGCUCCUUUACAGAAACGAG